AUGACUACCGCUGCCUCCGUUCCUCGAGCGCGCAGCAACCGUGCCUCCCUGCUUGCACCAAAGGUUCGCACCUUCGGCGGGGAGAACACGCAACCUCCCAAGGCUGUCCAACCUUAUCCAAGGAGUCCUACAGUUCGUCCAUCGACUGUUAUGUAUGAGUCGGCUGUUUCAAAGCCGACUUUGAAAGUCAGGUCCCAAUUGACCUCUGGCCUGAGGGAUAUCACGAACACACCCAAAGCUUUGGACAAAGCUAGUCUCCGUAUGCAACCCUCGCUCGUCAAGAAGCCUCUUCCACAACCUUUUGCCAUCUCAUCGAAUGUAUCGACCUCGAAGGAGUCCAUGGCCGUGCUCACAUCUGCAGAGGGUCAACAUCUUACCUUUGCCACCCCUACGACCAGGUCUCGCUCUCCCAUUCUAGAAGAGGCACUAGUGCCAAAGCCUAUCGUUUCCCGCCGCACCUCGCUCCCAGCUUCGGCUCGUCCAUCAGUCCCCACUGUCGCUCGUCGUACCUCCCUUGUGGCCGUGGCCCCCAUGCAGAUUUCGGCUCCAACUGCUCGCAGGGUAUCUCUUCCGGUAGCUCCCAAGCACGCUGGGAUCCCCAUUUCUUCGCGGAGCCUCUCUUUCCCUGUCAUUUCGAGGCCGCACACGAUCAUCUCCAGAGAUCGGGCCCAGUCAGUUUUCCCCAAAGACAACGAGCUGCUCUGCGAUAUCGACCUUUCUGACAUUGUCGAUACCGACGAGGAUGUCGCCCCCGACUUUGUUGUUACUCCCGGCGACACCCCGAGCCACGAGCUGCUUUGUGAUAUCGACCUUCCUGACGUUGCCGAGAUCGACGAGGAUAUCGCUGCCGACUUCGCUGUUCUUCCUGCCAACACGCCGAACCCUUUUGCAGGACGCAAAGCCUCGGCCCCUUGCAAGCGUCUACUGUCCGCUAUUUCUGUGCAGAGGUCUACUGUCGCUGUCGCUUUGAGGUCGUCUUCAGUCAAACCCAUGGCUAAACUAGGCCAUGACCGUCUUCCAUCUCCUACGAAGCCCUUGGUCAUGAGCAGCUCCUUCGCUGAACGCUUUAUCUUCUCCGGCGAUGAGUAUCAAUCGGAUUCUUCAGCUACCACUAUCGACGAGCUUAGGUCCAAGGACAUGGUGAUGACAUCCAGGCGCUCGGUCCUGGAGGCUGAGUUCCUCUUCUGUAUCGAGCUUCCCAGCGCCAUAGAGCUCGACGACGACCCUGCGGCAGACUUCGCUCCCCUCCCCACCAAUACUCCGAGCCCGUUCGCUGCUCGCGAGGCCUCUGAAAGUCCCCAUCGCUUGCCUCCAAACCACCUUCCUCCAAACCGCUUCCCCUCCAAACGUAAUUCCCCUCCAGGCCAGCUCGGCGAGAUCAAGCGGCUACCUGCUCGUACGUCACUGGCGAAUCCUCGUCGAAAGGCUCCCGAUCAGGUCGGGAGUACGACGGAGAAUGAAGCCAAGCUGCCUGAGACGGCGGCAGAGAUCGUUGCGGAGAUGGAUAUGAUCUUCAGGAGGUUCGGCUUCCCGGACGCCCCCCCGGACACCUCGAUGGAAGUGGAGAUUGGGGAGUCGCAGGGGAAGGGAGACGAUGGGACGGAAAAGUGA